GCAUCUAUAUUCUCGUUCGACGAGACUGAGCCCCGAGUAUCGUCUCCAUGGCUCAAACAGCUGGAGUCCAUGGACAGCUCCAGAACUCCUUCGCGUAACAGCAAUUUUGUUGCUGAUUCUGAGCCUGCUGCGUACUUGGACGAAGUUGGUCAUGUCACUAGGCUCGAGGCUGAGCCUCAGAAAGGCCCUGUUGAGUACAAGCUCCAUCUUCUGAUUCGACCUCGUCGGAACUAUACAUACAUGAGUACUGUAACGCGAGUUUCUGGCUCGAAACACUCUAAGUACAACGGUCCUUCACGUACGAGCUCUGGGGCUACACUGCCAGCAAAAAGUGCUUCUCCGUCUGUCACACCAAACUACAGGCAGGAUAGGUUCGAACACCUGACUACUCAGCUCCUCUGGAGACUUGGACAGUCUUGUCCACAUCAUUCGAAUGCAUCGACCAGUCUCGUAUUACCGCAGCUGCCGGAAAGUACCACAGAGCUACAACCACCGCCAACGCCAGGAACGAUACAUCCAGGCCUUGAGGAAAGCGAAGGUGCACUCUAUGAGAUUGGUGUAUCUGAUGACGGUACUCUUGUUGGCCUUGCUGAGGAUGAGAUGCGAGACAGUCUCAACAAUCUGCGUGCUAUGGCGGCAAGCCUGGGAUGCAUUGUUGAAGUACAGCGAAUGGUGAAGGUGGGUACCUGCUCUUAUAUGAUGCAACCUGAUGGAACGAACUCUUCGGAACUUGUUGAACGGCAGAGUGAACUGCUCGUUGCUGAGGCCCUGGUGAAACCAAAUCUUUCCACGACUGCAGAGAUCGGUGGUUCUGGCUUGAGCAAUACUCUGGCGCAAGACCACUCUUCUGAAAUUAAACCCAUCGAGCAGCUUCGAAUAUCCCUCACGGGAGCUACUAUGUCUGGUAAAUCGUCCUUACUGGGUACACUUUCAACAUCAACACUAGACGAUGGCCGAGGCAAAAGCCGUUUGAGCAUGCUCAAACAUCGACACGAAAUCACUUCCGGCAUCACGAGCUCAGUGACCCAAGAAUUGAUGGGCUAUUCGCCGACUCCAGUAGGCGAUACAGAAGUCAUCAACUAUGCUACCGAGGGUGUGACAUCGUGGAUUGACAUGCAUACAGCUUCUACCGAUGGUCGUCUGGUCUUCGUAGCCGAUUCUGCUGGGCAUCCAAGAUACCGAAGAACAACAGUCAGGGGUCUCGUGGGCUGGAAACCACAUUGGGUGUUACUGUGUGUUCCUGCCGAUGACGAAGUGAGGUCUUCAAGCAAGGUCACAGAGGUACUGGGUCCGGCUGCUAGCGAUAUCGACUUGUCCGCGGCGCAUCUAGACCUUUGUUUGCGUCUCCAGCUGCCUCUGGUGGUCGUCAUCACCAAGUAUGAUCUGGCUCAGCUAUCUGUGCUGAAGGCUACAUUGGGAAAGCUGCUCUCAGCUCUCAAGUCUGCUGGAAGAAAGCCGCUGAUGAUUCCAAAUUCACCGGGUACUGUCUCCGCGCAUGAGCUGCAAAGCUUCACUCAGAAGAAAUCAGCUGGCAUACGUAAGACUAUUGACUGCUUGUACGACGACCCUCUAUCUGCAGUUCCCAUAGUCUUGACCAGCGCUGUUCAAGGUGCAGGCUUCGACAACCUACACGCGGUACUUAACGAGCUUCCUACACCCGACAGCCGAAAGCAUUCUCCAUCCGAUGCAGAUACCACCACCUCCCUUUUCCAUGUCGAGGACAUCUACAACAAAGCUCAAGAUGCCAACACCAUAAUUUUGAGUGGCCAUCUGAGCAGAGGUACAAUAUCGGCCGGUGCAGAGCUAUACUUGGGGCCUUGCUCUCCAUCGAGUGGUGAUGACUCCGAGGACUCCGAUACUCAGCAGCGUCCUCGACUCGCCCAAACUUUGCCGCCAUCUCGCUCGUUCCCAGGCGCUCUCAAAGGCAAUCCUCUGACUUUCAACAAAGCUUCGGAUCAAGAAUGGCGCAAAGUCAAGGUUGUCAGCAUCAGGAAUUUGCGCCUUCCUGUCUCAACACUGCACGCCGACCAAGCGGGGACUGUUGGUGUUGAGUUGGCUGACGAUAAGACUCUUGACACGUGGACCACCAUCAAGAUCAGAAGGGGCAUGGUGCUUUGCAACAAGCCUGCAACGUCGUCCAGCACUAUUGUCGCACAGUUCAGACGAGACGAUCUAGGCACUUUGGCAGUAGGAAGCCAAGCUGUAGUGUAUCUUGCAAGCGUCCGGUCGUCUGCAAGAAUCUUGUCCUGCAGGAUACCAGAACCUUCUGAGGUGGUAAGCGAAGGUUUGAAACCAGAGACGGUUGAUGAACACAAUGGCUCGCAAGAAGGCGGAUUCACCGAUGAAGCUUCUGCUGGCGCAAUCACACAUCAGCACCUGCAAGUAACGUUCCAUUUCGACUCUACUAAGGAAUGCGUCGAAGUCGGCUCGAAGAUUCUGGUUAUGCCGGGAGGUGGUCCAGGCUUG